AUGGAGGUUGAGGACAGAGCCGAGCUCUGCUUUCCACAGUUCCCAAACACCUCCUGCAGGAAGCCCUUGUUUCCUUGGCCCGAAACACUGCUCAUUAACAUUGUGUUCUACUCCAUCUCUCUGAUCACUGUGGCUCUCAACCUGCUCAUCAUCAUCUCUAUCUCCCACUUCAGGCAGCUCCACACACCCACCAACAUCCUCCUCCUCUCUCUGGCUGUCUCAGACCUUCUAGUGGGCCUCCUGCUGAUGCCUGUAGAAGUUCUCCGAAAAACAUCCUGCUGGUUUCUUGGUGACUUUGUGUGUGCUACGCAUAGUUUUAUUUCAGGCAUCAUUAUCUCAGCCUCAAUAGGUGACAUGGUUCUCAUAUCAGUUGACCGUUAUGUGGCUAUUUGUGACCCUCUGCAUUACACCACUAAAGUCACUAGGAGAAGAGUUCAAUUCUGUGUUUGUCUGUGUUGGCUCUAUUCUGUUUCCUACAGCUUUCUCUAUUUAAAGGAUCUUCUGACUCAACCACAGAGGUAUAAUUCCUGCUACGGAGAAUGUGCGUUUGUCAUUGACAAUAUCUCAGUGACUUUUGAUCUUGUUUUGAGCUUUAUUGUUCCAGUUACUGUCAUCAUAGCUCUGUAUCUGAGAGUAUUUGUUGUGGCUGUGUCUCAAGCUCGUGCCAUGCGCUCUCACAUUACAGCUGUCACACUCCAGCUUUCAGUGACUCCAACGACAAAGAAAUCAGAGCUGAAAGCAGCCAGGAAUCUUGGUGUUCUUGUAGUUGUGUUUCUAAUGUGUUUCUGCCCAUAUUACUGUUUCUUUAUUGCAGGAGACAACUUGCUCAGUGCCUCUGCGUCCUUUGUAAUCUAUCUGUUCUAUUGUAACUCUUGUCUAAACCCUAUGAUCUAUGCCUUCUUGUACCCCUGGUUUAGGAAAGCAGUUAAACUCAUUGUAACUCUUCAGAUACUGCAGCCUGGCUCCUCUGAGACCAACAUGCUGUAG